UAUAUAUAUAUAGUUAUAACUUUAUACAGGAUUUUGAAUAGUUGUGUCUUGUGACAUAAAAAACCAUAUUUGGAAAACAAAAGUUAAGUAUAAGGAAAAAUAAACUAUUUUCCACCCUCUAUCCAGUCUCUCUCAUCUCCUUUAUUUAUUAACCCUAAUAUUGUGCUGUUCUCACAAUUUUUUUUAUAAAGGUUCUCAAGUCAAGUUCUUCUUUUUCUCUAAGAACACAAACAAUGGCCUCUGCAGACAAACCCAUAAACACAGACGUCCCUGAAAAGGAUGUUUUUGCCCUCCACUUCCUCCAAUCCCUCUCAAAUCUCAGAAGACAAAACACUUUCAAUUCUCCUGAAAAAACAAACGAUCGUGUUAAGAAAAUCAAGAAGGCUGCGUAUGUAUCCAUGGCCAGAGCAGCCGGAGGGACUAACCGGCUGUGGAGCAGAGCCCUCUUGCGCCGAGCCGCCAAAGAAAACAAUAAAGUCGUCAGGCUUCCUAGGAGGAAGAAGAGGGUGACGUGUCUGAGGAGGAGGAGGAGUAACCGGAGAGAUCCAGUGGAGGAGGAGGAAGCGGAGAGGCUGAGGAAUCUUGUCCCGGGAGGCGGUGGCAUGGAGACAUCAAAGCUGAUGGAAGAGACGGCUCAUUACAUCAAGUGCCUUAGUAUGCAGGUUAAGGUUAUGCAGUGUCUCGUUGAUGGCUUAGCUCCGAAAUGAUCAUCAUCAUCAUCAUUAAUGAUGCAUAUAAUAUUGGCUUAUCUCCAACACACAUAGUAUUGGAAUGGAGUGAUCAUGACGCAUAUCUAUAUUUGUGUACAUAUAUUCUUAUAUGUAUUAUGUAUACAUACGUGUAAGAUAGGAUAUAUACAUACUAAAUGUGUGGAUAUGUAUUAGUUAAGUAAAGAAAGAAUUUUCUUCUUUUUUGUUUAUUUUCUUGAAUUUUGAUAAAAGGGUAUGUUAUAUAUUAGCAUGCUUAAUUUGGUUGUUUUUUGUCAUAACAAAAUAAUGUAAACAUUAGGGUUUGGGAACUUGCCGUUGGAGCUACGCA